AUUUUUAACAUCCAAACUCAGAUAUAAUUAUGUCGCGAUGGUGUUGAAAAAUUAUUCAUUUUCACUUUCUUUUCUUUCAUAAUUCUCUAGAAGAAGAAGAAAAAAAAAAAAAAGGAAAUAUUGAUUCGGGGCAAUAGAAGCAAUCUAGAAUAGUAGAUUCACCGUUUCAAAAUAUUAUAUUGAAAAAGAUGAAACCACAAUUUUUUUAAACUUAUUUUCUCUUCAUAAUAUUGCUGCAAGUUUAACCUGAAUUUUAACAAGUCGGCAAAUUUGGGUGCGUGUUUUAUAGCAUUGAGUCUUACAGCUCGCACGUUGAACUUUUCGGAUGAUUUAACUCUGUUGAGAAAGGAUCCAAAUUAUAUUGCAUUCAAUUGAGGGACUUUCGACGAUUAAAGCCUGAUAAUGCUGGAACGUGAAACGGAAUCUGAAAUCGGCGAUUAUUUUCGCGCCAAUCUCUUGACCGUACGCCAGGCUGUGAGACCGCAGGAUUUCAAAAAAUUUACGUCACUUAAAACCGACGGUGAGCGAGUUUCCUUCGUCCUGAAAUAUCCUGAGGCACGUAUCCUGCCACUGGAAUUUCCAGGGGUAGGAAAACGGGACCGGAAUCGAGCCCUGAAACUGAAAGAAACUGGGAACAGUUCCUUUGGCCGCGGGAACUUCCUCAAAGCUUUGGACAAUUACUCGGAUGCUGCAAUAGUGGCACCCGAAAGCGAAUUACCCAUAAUUUUGGCGAACCGUUCUGCGGUUUUAUAUCAUUUGGAGCGGUUCGAGCUCGCUGUGUUAGAUGCCGAAGAAUCCUUGCGCCUCGGUUACCCUCAGAACCUGUUAUACAAACUGGAAGAACGUCGGGCCAGGUGUCUUCUAGCUCUGAAAAAGCACGCCGCAGCAAUCGACGCUUUCAAAAGCACGCUCAAGGCGCUAGAUCACGCCAAAAUAACCGGCGAAAAAAAGCAGAAAGUAGAAUACGACGUCAGGGUCAUGUUGGCAGUGAUGGAAAAGGGAAACCAGUUGAACAACCCAUCUGGAUUUAAAAAUCGGGGGUCAACAAUCUCUCCGGCCAAAGCCUUACCCAAAUUAUCUGGGAACCAGAAUCCUGAUUAUCCAGCCUUGAGCGACGCGGUUGAAAUCAAGGACUCUGCCGGUGCCAUAGGGCGACACGCUGUCGCAAAACGCAUCAUUUUACCCGGCGAAGUGCUGGCUCUUGAAAAAGCACACUCCGCCGUUCUUCUUCCGGAGUUUAGAUUGACUCACUGUCAUCUUUGCUUCACGAGAGUGACUGCCCCGGUACCACCAUCCUGCAAUUCCUGCACCAUCAUUAUUUACUGUUCCACUAAAUGUCGAAAUCGGGACGCGAAGGCACACGUAACAGAGUGUUCCAUUUUGUUAGCAUUGUACGUGUCCGCAGCCUCCGUGACAUGUUUUCUAGCCCUUAAAGCGGUCAGGCAAAAGUCACUGUCCGAGUUGUUGAAUUUGAAAGAUUCUUUGAAAACUGGGGAGACUAUGAAACCAUGGAAGUCAGAAAACUACCAAGCUCUUCAUGGACUAGUAACUCACGAAGAUGAACGAAUGCCGGAUGACCUGUUUCACAGAGCGUACAUGGCCGGUUGGCUGCUUAGACUUUUGAAACGCAGUUCUUACUUCCCUGAAGAGAUUAAUUCGCCAGAUAUAGCUGAAGCUCAACUUUCUCCAGAGGAAAUCUUCGUGGCAGGAUUGAUUCUUCACAACAUUCAAUUACUCCAAUUCAACGCUCACGAGAUUUCAGAAUUAAUCCGACCCAAAGGUGCAGUUACUUUGGACAGAUCGAAAAGUAUCUUUAUCGGUGGAGGGGUAUACCCAUCCGUAGCGCUCUUAAAUCACUCCUGCAACCCCAGCGUCAUCAGAUACUUCAUCGGGACAACAAUGGUCGUCCACGCACUAAUGAUGAUACGUCCGGGCGAAGAGGUCAGUGAAAAUUACGGCCCAAUCUUUACCGUAACACCACAAAACGAACGGAAACGGAAGUUAAGGCUACAGUACUGGUUCGAUUGUAGCUGUAAAGCCUGCGAAGGUAAUUGGCCGCUUCUCGAAGAAAUAAAUCCAAGAAUACUCAGAUUCAGAUGCGAAUCUGGUGAAGCCUGCAGCAACAUACUGCCAGUAUCAACCGAAUCAAAUGAAUUCAUGGUGCCCUGUCCAAAGUGUAAGAAGUCAACGAAUAUCUUGAAGGGGUUGAAAGCCCUCCAAGACACCGAUGCCAUAUUCAAAGUAGCGUCUAGGCACCUUGAGAAUGGCGAACACCAGAAGGCUCUGAACGGUUAUUUCGAUAUUUUGAAAUUACUUGAUGAACAUUUGGCAUUGCCACUAAGAGACUAUCACCUGUGCCAACAAGGAGUUAGACUCUGCUUACUGGCUAUUGGGAAUAGCAGUUUCGUGUAACGUGUCUCCUGUUGCCCUGUUUUCCUACUUUCGACUACCUAUUCAUCGGAAGAUCAAUAAAAGCAAUGUAAUGCAAA